AUGUAUAGUCGCCUUAUCAGUUUAAUAUGAACUUCAUUCUCAGCCUUUUAAUUAGUAUCGGGUUUACCAAAGGUAAUGACAACAUGGCGCUAUGGUUAAUGCUCAUGUAUGUGCUAGUCGGAACCUGCUAUUAUAUCCAUGGAUGCGAGGAUCUCCAAAUUAGAGUGGCGUCUCUAGAGGCCGCUGUGCAACAACAAAAUGCCACCAUCUUAACAUUGUUGGCCGCCAUUUCUGAACAGACCAAUGCCGCCAAGGACAUGGAAGACCUGAAACAGGAAGUAGAUGCGCUCCGCCGAAAAGGUGACAAUGUCAGGGGCAGACGACAGACCGAGGCGUUUGGCUUCACGGCGUAUCACGACCGAGAAGAGGCUCUCAACAAGGGCGACACGCUCAAGUUCAGCCGGACGUUAUACAACGCCAACUCCAUGUACAAUCCGGACACGGGCGUUGUCACGAUCCCCCUGGACGGCACCUAUAUCUUUUCGGUGACUAUUGAACACUGGCAAACACAGGAGCUCCGCUGCUACUUACUGGUCAACGGGGCAAACAUGAUUGACGUCAUCAUCUACCCCGAUGGCAAGAGUACCCAGUCCAGCAAUACGGCCGUGCUCGGUUUGAACGUCGGAAGCACGGUGCGUGUCACGUGCGAUCAGGGUAACGUGUUCGGGGCAGACGGGUUCCGCGGUACCACGUUCUCCGGCGUGUAUUUGUACGGGUUUUAAGUAGUAAAAUAUCCGAUAAUAAACAUGUACAUAUUGCAGUACAAAAGCAUGUUAAAAUACAUUAAAUUGCACAUCUGUUCAAUCGCAAUAUCAAAUUAACUUGUUGGAAAUUAAAGGUAUUGUACAUGUUAA